AUGGAAAAGCCUGCCACUCCAAACCAAUCUCAAAUAUCAUCAGCUUCAGAGGAAAGGAAUGGCAACACACAGAAGAGAAAGAAGCUACCAAACGCGAGAGAGCUGAUAGCUCACUACGAGUCUCAGGGCAUGGAAACCCAAGAAGCUUCCGUCAAAGUCAUCGAAGAUCUCCAGAACGUGCUCUUCAGGGUAGUCACCUCCAACAGAGGAGGCAAAAACAACGGCGGCAACGGCAACAAAAAGGGCAAUUCCAUGGCCGAAAUCUCCAGGAAAUUGGAUGUAAUUAACGUUCGCCUGGUGAAUCUUGAGAUGAAAGUUGACUCCAAGCCUGGGUACCCCGAAAGCCUCGCGAUCGGAGUCGCUUCCGGUGCUGUUCUUCGCGGGAUUGGGGGUGUGCUUCCUCAUGUGGCUGGGGCUUUUGGACAGAUUUGGAAUGCUGUUCGCUCCGCUACGAAGAUUAACCCCUCUUCUUCUUCUUGA